UUUUGGUUUGCAAAGUAACAACUUUGCUUUGACCUUUAUACUUUUUUCUUCGUCAUGAUUUAGUAGACUACAUGAAUAAACAGGAUGUCCAAAUGUAAUUGUUUUUGUAUUUUUGAUUUGCGGUCGUAUGUUUUUGUCUUCAAAUGCACAAAUGAAAUUGAACUUUGCUUUACCCUUUAUACUUUUUUCUUCGUCGUGAUUCAGUAGAUUGCACGAAUAGACAGGAAAGGCGCGUGACGCAACAGGACGAGCGUGACGUAAACAAAUCCUGACCCAUGAGUCACAGAAAUUAUUACGCCUUGUUACCAAACCAAAACAACCUAACGACCAUUGGAACCAAACACAUCUAACAACGAACAAGAUAGAACUGCUGCCAAAAUACGCCAUGAAUUUAGUAAUCAUUGCAUCAAUUGUUUUUUCGUUUCUUUCUUUUGCCAAUGCCGAUGUGGUCUAUGCGAACCAUACUACCAUGGACGAGGGAAAGUACAAGCUUUGGUGGACAUUUAACAACGCUACAGACACAUUUUAUUUCAAAGUUGAGGUCGAAGCUAAGGGGUGGAUUGCGUUUGGUAUAACUCAGUUAGAAUAUGGUGAAGAUUGGAUGAGGAAUGGCAUGGAUACCUACGACGUUUUAGUGGCAGGUGUUGCUUCAAAUGGUUCAUCAUAUGGCCUGGAUUAUCUAACAAGUGGCCAGAACAGAUCACAAUAUCCUGAUUACGCAAACGCCGUACAUGAGUGGAAUAUCACGAGUGCAUCAGAAGUAGGACGCAAGACAAUUCUGAAGUUUAACCGCAAAAGGCUCACUUCUGAUCCGGUAAACACGCACUUCCGACCAAGAAAAGGACAUGUCCAGAUAACGCCUGGUCUUCGAUACUUCGCAUGGGCCUACCACAAAACACUCGACACACCCUACCUCAAUAAUAUAUCUCUGGUUCAUGAUAAAAGUGGCUUAGAGCCUGUGAUGUUACUACCCCUCCCAGAUGACACUAGGCAGCUUGUUGUUAUUACAUAUGCCACCACCACUCCAACAGCGAGUGCCAACCUCCCUGGGUAUUGCCUGGGGCUUCUCRUUAUCACCUUUUUCGCUGAUUUUGUCAGUUUUGUAAGAUAAAUUAUAUGAAGUUUUAAGAGUUAGAUUUAUCAAAAAGAUUAUUUUACCUAUGACAUGUAUUCCCAUUUUCGGAAAAGUCAUUUCAAUAUAUUAUUAUUUAUUUAUUUAUUGUCGCUUAUGGAAAAUUGAUUCAUGUAUCCAAAUAAAAGAAAGUUUGUAGGUUGGUAAGAUGAAGGAAAUAGACCAAUUUGGCUAACAAAAGGUUUUACCCAAUUUAAAUCCUGUAAAUCUACUGGGGAAACUUUUCUUUGUCCAUUAUAUUUACAUUCAACGAAACAUUGAUAUGGAUAUGAUAUCCAAAAAUAAUCGACAAAAAAAUAAAAGUAUUCUCAGUAGAUUUGAAUUGGGUAAAACAUUUGMCUUAGCUGAAUUGGUCUAUUUUUAUGAAACAUUCAAAGUAAAAGAAUCUAUUUACAAAUGAGUUGUAAUAGGGCUUUGGUACCUCAGUUAGUGCUCUUAUUCAUUUCUGUUAUUCAUUUUGCCACAACUUCUCGUUUUAACAGUUUGGGGUAACGUGACCUGUUAUUGCAAAAGACCUAUUGUUUUAAUGUAUUCUUGGUUUGCAAUCAAUCCCAAUAGAGCACAAUAACAAAAGGGAUGUCCGCCAUGUUGGAAGAUAUAACAAAAKAAUUCAUUGAAAAACCUUUUGUCAAAUUCUUCCAACAUGGCAGCUAUGACAUCUAUUGCAAACGAAGAAUAGUUUAAAACAUUUAUCUUCUUUUUUUUUUUUCUCUCAAAGCGAUCCUUUUUCUAAUUGUGGCAUCUUUAAUCUCCCCACUAAACUGCUAGCAGUUUAUCCCCCUUGGUCAGUAUUUGGUGUUUUCUCUGAAAACAAAUUACUAAACCAGAUAAGUAGGUAGUCUAACGUCCCCAGGAGGAGUGGGUUGAGGACAGUGAUCAAGUAAAAUAGAGGGAUGACUUGCAGUCUACCCACCAUAAUGGACCUCUUUAGAUCUGACGUAAUGUUUUCCCGUUUCAAACCACAUGCAAUUCCCUAGAGUAUCAUUUCUUUGUUUAACGGUUGUUCAUAAGAAGACACAUGAAUAUGGAUACAACUCAAACGAAGAAUUUUAUUCUCAAGGGAAUGACAUGUGGUCUGAAAUGGGAAAACUUUACCCAUGCUAAAGAUUUCUGGUUUAGGAGCAUGCCUCCUUCACACACACUGACUUUUAUGUAACUACCAUUCAUAAAAGUAUAGUGUGCUGAAUAUCCCUGUUUCUGCAAACUCAAAAAAACUCCAGAAAGGAAAUUUUUUGUAACAAAUUUGGUUUCCAUGAAAUUCACAAUGGUAUAGAUUGUUAUUAAGAGGAGCCAAUUUGUAAAGAUCAUAGAAACAUCAAAACAGCUCUAAAACAAAUAGAGCGCAUGCAGUAAAACCAUGAAAUAAAAACAAAGUUGAUACUGAAAAAUAGUAGCUAUCUAGUGACUAAUAGUUGCUAGCACUCAACCAGAACAUUUAUUAAACAAAAGACACAAAUGGUCUCUUGUGUAUUUGUCUUUGUAUGAUGAAUGUUCUAGUUGAGUCAUAGCAACUAUUAGUCACUAAAUAGUGCUAUUUGUCAGUAUCAACUGACACCCCUACCUGUAAGCGUUUUAGCCUACUUCACUUAAUACAUCAUUAGGGUUGGCACCAGAUUCUUCUGCUAAUGAAGGCUGUGAAAGAGUCUUCACCCAUUUUGGCUCAGCAAGUAUGUGAUACACCUUCUACAAAGAACAAAGAACAUAUAGUGUCCCCAAGGCUUUUUAUCACAAGCCACAGGGGUUUCGCUAAAGGGUUGCGGAUUACUAGUGGGCUAUCACGCACUGGUUGAUAGACUAUAGAAGAGUAGCCAAUCAGAGUGCAGUGUAUGUAAUAGUCCACUAAAUUGUUAAUAUAAAAUGGACAAAAAUAUUAUAUUUUUA